AUGCUUGUAAGGUAUUUAAUUAUUCUGUUCUUUGUCAGCUCCUUAAGCAUCAGAAAAGAAUUCGAAACCCUUUAUUUAUUAGAAACAGAGUUCAGUGAGAUUAAACUAUCAGAUUAUUUUGCUGGUGAAAAUUUAAGAUACUCAAUCGAAGAUCGAAAUAGUUCAAGCGAUUUAGCUACAAUUCAAAGCGCACAUGAAUUCGACCUAGUGUCAUUUCUUCCUUAUCCCAAUUCACGUAAGACCCUGCCUUCCGAAUCAUUUACAACUUGGAUAAGCGAUUCAAAUCAGAUAAUUGUUUGGUUCAAUGCAAAUCAAAUAGUGCUCUACAUCAUUUCACUUAUAACUGGAGAAGCGACAGAAAUAUGAAAUUGAAAAAUCGAAUCAGAGUAUCAAAAUUUACAAAUUCAAGAAACGAGAUAUUUAUCAAAGCUUCAAUGCAUAUUAAUUUGGGCAAAGCAGCAAGAGCAUCUGGAGGGUAGCAUUGUAUGAAGAAAUGAUUUUUAUGUGAUGGAUGUCAAUAAUUUAAAUUAUCCGACAAGUCCAACAUGGACAAAUUUCAGUGAGCCUACAUAUUCAUCGAAACUGGUUCUCCCUUAUGUGGAAGAUUCCAGCUAUUUCCCAAUUUAUUGCGAAUUUGAGAAUGAUCCGAGUAUUUCAAAUAGCAUAUAUAUUUACUUCUUAACUGAUGCUCUUGAUCAGCCAAUCCUAGUGCAAAGCAUUUCCGAAUAUUACAGCGUUUUUCUCUCACAGCAGAAGCUUUCUAUUGUAGGGGCAUUAAUGGAUUAUUCAAAGAUUAGUGUUCUUGAUGCUAACUUCGGUUUAAUCAUAUUUAAAUACUCUUUCACGAUGACAUUCAUAGAAGAUGGGGUGGAAGACUUGCGCCAUCUUGGGACUCUUCGUUCAAUGACAGCUCUAAGCUUGAGAAAAAUAUUUAUUUUUUCAGAUAUAGGAAUAUCGCUAUAUAUCAGGAAUAUAGUGAAAGAAUCAAGCCUACGCUUUCAUUUAAAAAAUAAUCAAAAUCUCAACUGGACAAAUAUCCAAGAAAGCUCAAAUUAUUAUUUUAUUCAAUCUCAUGACUCUUUAUCAGUGGUAGAUAAAAAUUCAGCAUCGCCUGAAGUUAUGCUUAAUCCCCUCUGUGAGCAAAGAAAAAAAUUUGCUCUAAAAAUUAAUUUAAUUUAAUUUAUAAAAUGCAUAUUCUAAAAUAUAAGCUGCUUAGAGUAAUUAUCAUUUAUAUCAAAAUAUUUUUUUAUCUUUUGGAUUUUUUACGAAAAAAAUAGGGAUUUUCGAAUGUUUUUCGUUAACGGAGAAUUUGAGUUAGCAUUGACAUCACAAAUUUAGGAACCCUUGAACAAAUUAAUUCCAAGCUAUUAUUCUUCUCCUCACUACAUCUUGGACUUUACUGUGCAAGAUUCGAAAAAGCUGGGCUUAAGGUUUAUAAAGUCUCAAUCAAAGGAUGAAGCCUCAAAGUGCAUGGAAACUCCACAUCUGUCGUCAAAGUAAAGGCGACUGACUUUUUCGGGGCUUCAGUUACUUCUAAUUUGCAUGUGAUAUCAGUUAAAAAGCAAUCACAAGAAAUCUUUCCUAACGAGAAAGGCUCUUGAGAAAAACAAGAAAGUUUAAUAAUAUACGAAAAUAAAACUGGUUUUAUUUUGGAUGUCAAUUCCUAUUUUUUAGGGCCUAAUUUAAAAUUUGAUUUCAAAUUUCCCGAAUUAAAGCAGUUUCAUUUUGAAUUAAGCCCUAGAAAUAAGCUUACUUUACUCAAAAAUCUGACUUUGCCUGAAGAAAUUAAAAACUUCGCUACCUUUCCUCGUUAUUCAUGAAUAUACUUCUAUCAAGAUAGAAUAUACAUCGAAAGCAUGAGUAAUCCCAACGUCAACUGAACAAUAGAGACAUCAAAUCCAAUAAAGGCCACAACUGAAAUUUGAGAUAAUGCUUUCAUUUAUAGACAAUCCGACGAGGGGGUCUACUUUAUUUCAAUAGCUAGUAUAUCUAGUUUAAGUAUUAUCCAUGAAUUUGAGACAGGGAUGGAGUGUCUGCUGUUUUCUUUAUGUCGAAAUAUAAUUAUAUGUGGAAAUAGAGACAAAAUUGAGACUUACAUAUUUAUAGAAAGCAGAUCAAAAAAAAUAGAUACGUUAACUGUUGCAGAAUUAGAUAAUAAUUUCCAUUGGAAUGCAGAAAACCUCCUUGCAAAUUACAAUAAUUAUAAUAAUCAAAUAUAUAUUUAUUUAUUCGAUCCAAAGCAAGGAUAAUAAUAAAAUGACUCAGUGCAGAAUUAGUUCUCUCCGAGAACUAUUCCUUCUUUCGCUUUUAUUAUUAUGGGGUUCAGUUUUCCACGUGGACUUUUAUCGGCAACACCAAUAUGGAAUACCGCAUAGGGUAUCUCUUUGGCCCAGAGUUUUAAGAGACAUAUGGGUUUUUUCUGCUUGGCACACCCGAGGAGGGUGACCCUUAGACGGAAAAUGCGCAGGAGUCAAGUUUGAGCGAGUCAGUGCGACCAGUGCGGACCUUCUGGCUAGAUGGGAGCAUCUCCUGGAAUGCUUGCCAGACUAGAUGGCGCUGACGUCACCAUUUUGGAGUUAAAAGGAUGGGCUUAUGCAUGCCUAAAUCAUCCUGCUAAAGAGGGAAGACACUUUAAAUACCUAAGUAGCAAUGAAUGGAUCCAAAUCAAGGAGUUCUAGCAGUAAAUAUAUUAUCUCGAGGACAAUUUUCACAAAUUUUAGAACUCAAAUCUCAUGGAAUUAAAUUUAUUGUUAGCUCAGACUAUUUUAUUGGACUAGUUUAUGAUGAGAAAAUUGAUAUAUACAAAGGCCCUUGGGAAUAUUGAAAGACCAUAUUGAUUGAGCCAAAUCUAAAAAUUGUGAGCCAUUUUGCAAGAGAUUAUUUGGUCUAUUUGUACACAAAAGAUAGAUUAUUCAUAUACGAUAUUAAUCUGCCUACUUUUGGUGCUCUAUACUAUUCAAUAGAAAUGAAAAUCUCUGAUCAUUUUUCCUAUGCAAAUGAUGGAUCAGAACUUGUGAACUUUCACUCGGAAACGGAAGAGAAAUAUGCAGAAAUAUAUACAGUAAGUUGUGAAGUAGACAGAUUCUAUUACUCAUCAUGUAUCCUUAAUUAUGAAAUCAAUAUAUUCGUUUCUGAUUGAAAAGAAAUCAAAGAGCCCAGCUAUAGCAUGAAUUUUUCAGUUAUUGCUUACAACGAGGAAAAUCAGCUGCAGCGGAGCUUCCCACUAAAUAUAGAAGUUGAGAACUUAUGGAAUAAUAGUGAAAAAUGGGAAAUAAGCAGAAGUAUUCCAUAUAACGAAAAUUAUGAAUUUGAUUUUAGUAAAGUUUUUUUUGGUCAGGACAUGGAGAAAAGUUUGAAUUUAAAUGGAAAUUAUCUUUCGAGUUCAGAUAAAAACCUUCUUCCAGUAUUUCUAACUCAACGAAUUGAGCAAGUUGGAGAAGCAAACAAUUUAAAAGGAAGAACUAUAUACAGUCAUACUGUCAUUCCUCAUGCAGGCAUUGUUGUAAUAACCUCAGAAACUGGGUUUAUUAUAAAAAAUAUAACUGGGUUUUCAAAUGAGACUUUGCUGAUUCCUAUUCAAGAGUCUCAAGAACUCCAAAAUUUAGUCUGCAAGCAAAUCGAAUCAUUCGCAGCUCUCAAAGAAACAAAAGCAUUAAUAGUGACUAUUUGCACAUACAAAGUACGUCAUACAGUAUUUUACUCUAUGAGGCCAACAGAUUUAGUUGAAAAUGUGAAUGCUAUCAUUUUUUGGGAAUUUGAUUAUUGUAGCUUAUCUUUUUAUCAGUCCAAACUCCUUCGAAUUCCUACUGAAAUAGAUUUCUUAAGGCUGGCGACACUAGAUCAGAAUAAUUUUGAAAUUAUAGUUUUUGCGAGGUGCAAUAGCUUGGGCCAUCCAUUUAGUGAUCUUUGAAGACUAAAAGGAAAUUGAAUUGAAAGCAACGUUAAUCUCUAUGACGUUGAAAAAAUAAAUGUAUUGUCUCUGGGCUUGGAAAAUAUUUGCAUAUCUCUUGUUGAUUAUAAAAUAAAGGACAGGGAGACUGUGUAUUGGUACAUGGUGGAUUGGCUUUACGGAAUUAGAGUCAUAGAGGCUCGGACAAAUCUUCCAAGCAUUAUUGCAGGUGGGCUUAAAAAUAGCAAGCUUAGAAAAUUUUUAAGCAUGGGUAUUUGCGGUAAUCUUCUAUAUUUAUCUGAGGGUGGACUUAAAAUGGAAUCGUAUAUUAGUUUUAAUUAAUUUGUGAGUGCUUAGCUUAUACUAUCAGGCUGCUUGACCACAGUUACCCAAACGUGGGGUGAAUUUCGUGCCUUUUUCCUCGGACCCGCAAAAGUUGUGGCCGCCUAGGCUUUAAUCACCAAAAGAGGACUUCAGUCUUGAAGUUUGGGCUUUGGCGGGCCUUCUUUAGCUCAGGCACUUACUCCGUCAGACACUCUAAAAGUUCCAGUCUCCAUCGCCUGGGGUAAGUGGGUACUCUUCUAACUCCCCCCCCCUUUAAAUUGAAACAAAAAAUUUUUGUUUCAAUUUAAAGGGGGGUUAAGAAAAUUUUUUUAUAAAAAAAUUUAUAUAUAAAAAAUUUUUAAGAAACCUAAUUAUUUAAAGGGUUUAUGGUUCAUUCUGUGUUUGAUUUUUAAUUUUAAUUUCAUGAAAAAUUAUUUAUAAAUUUCUCAAUCUCAAAGUGUAAACUUGCUGAAAUGGUAUUCUUCUAACUCUCUCUCCCCAUAACAAUUGGACAAAAUAGAGUUUAAUUUCUAAAUCUUUAUAUGUUUGAAGCAUAUUAAAUAGGGGUAUUAACGUAUUUACAUAUAAAAUAAUACCUAUAAAAUUUUCUAUUAUAAUAAAAUUUUGUUUUCAAUUUAAAGGGGGGGGGGAGUAAGACAUUCCAUUUCCUAAAAUCGGGAGUUCGUAGCAAAACCUCCGGCCUUUACUUUCUUGACAUAGCUGGAUAAUUUCAUAGGAGAAACCAAACCUCAUAAUUAAAAUAUUCAAAAGAUGAAUUGGUCCGAGACCAGAAAAUUCGAGCGACUCCAUAUUUUAAGGAUAAAUGAAAUCGCAUCAAAUCGAAAAUUAUGCAAACAUCACCAAAGUAAAAUAUGCGGAAUAUCUUUCAAGCUCGAUAAACUUUGGAUAUGCAAAAGCUGCUCCAAUUAUUUGUUCAGAUGAUGGAAGAUAUGCUGUAUUUCAGUUAUCUCAACCUAAUAAAAACUUAUCCUUGUCAAUUUUUGAUAUAAACGCUAAUGCAAACUCGAAUUUUAUUGGAAAAAUAAUUUUGAGCCUAGAUCACUAUUCAGAUCCUGUGAGCAUUAGGUUUAUUGAUAACAGCACUAUUUCAAUAGCUAUGCGAUAUCAAUCUUUGUAUAGAAGCUAUAAAAUAAAUAAAGACCAUUUGAUUUUUCCAGAAAUGAAUGAGUCUGAAUACAAAAAAAUGAUAGAAAAAUGAGGAACAAAAGAUUUUAAUAUGUUUAUAACCGCAGUAAACGAAAAUAACGCAAUGAAUACCUCAACCAUUUCUUUUACAAGAGAGAAUAAAUCAUUAGAAAGCAAUCUAAGGAGAAAAAAUAGUUUUCUGAUAGGGAUAAUCCCUGUCCUUAUAAUUAUCUUCAUGCUCGGAUUUUAUUUGAUAAAAAAAAUACAGAAGUCGAAAAUGAAAUAUCCUUUUGAGACUAUUUCAACGCAAAGCGCUGGAAUCUAUGAGGACGCAAAAAUUAAUAAAGCGAAUAAUGCUUAA